CUUCCAUCCAUUGAAUUUCACUCACACACACAAUCCUAUAGAGAAAAAAGAUACUACUGCGGAAAGAGAAAACUUUCUAGCUCUCUUCUUCACUCUAAAGAAACUGAAAAAACACACAAGAAACAGAGUACAACCAGAAACAAGGGGAAAAAAAGAUUGAAACUUUUUCAGUUUGAUGGACUCGAAGUCCUUCAGGUUCAUAACCCACCAAUCAUUUUUCACUGCCGUGAGGGAAGAGGACCUUGAGGCCCUCAAGAACAUCAUAUCAGAUGAUGGGCCGGAUCCAUCUUCCUUAAUUGCCUUGCAAAAUGAUGCAGGGGAGACUGCUGUAUACAUAGCUGCGGAGAAUAAUUUUGUGGAGGUUUUUAACUAUUUGAUCAGCUUUUGUGAUCUGCAGACUGUUCUGAUCAAGUCUAAAGCUGAUAUGAAUGCUUUCCAUGUUGCUGCUGCUCGUGGACACUCAGGAAUUGUCCAGAAAUUUUUGAGCUUGUGGCCUGAGCUUUGUAGAGCUUGUAAUUCUUCAAACACAAGCCCUCUUUACUCAGCUGCUACCCAUGGCCAUCUAGAUGUAGUUAAUGCUAUAUUAGAUGCAGAUGUGAGCUCCAUGCUUAUUGUGCGGAAGAAUGGCAAAACAGCAUUACACACCGUUGCACGAUAUGGCCUUCUCCCUAUUGUGAAAGUUCUAAUAGAAAGAGAUCCAGGGAUUGUGUCCAUAAAGGACAAGAAGGGCCAAACUGCACUGCAUAUGGCUGCAAAAGGUCAGGAUACUUCAGUUUUGGAGGAUCUAUUGGAUGCUGAUCAUCCUAUACUGAAUGAACGUGAUAAAAAGGGCAAUACAGCUGUGCAUAUAGCUACUCGGAAAGUCCGUUCUCAGGUAGUAGGCUUCUUGCUGACAUACACAUCCAUUGAAGUCAAUGUGAUCAACAAUCAACAAGAAACUGCGAUGGACAUUGCUGACAAACUCCAAUAUGGAGAAUCAGCAUUGGAGAUCAAAGAAGCUCUGUUAGAGGCUGGUGCCAAACAUGCAAGGCAUGUUGGUCAAGUUGAUGUAACAAUAGAACUCAAAAGGGCUGUGAGUGAUAUUAAGCAUGAGGUGCACUCUCAGUUACUACAGAAUGAGAAGACUCAGAGGAGAGUUUCAGGCAUCGCCAAAGAACUCAAGAAAAUUCAUAGAGAGGCUGUUCAAAAUACCAUCAAUUCUGUAACUGUGGCUGCUGUUCUUUUUGCCUCCAUUGCUUUCUUGGCUAUAUUCAACUUGCCUGGCCAAUAUAUGACAGAUGGACCAGAAGCAGGAAAGGCAUUGAUCUCUGGUACUGUUGGCUUCCGGGUGUUUUGCCUCCUGAAUGCCACCUCUCUCUUCAUUUCUCUGGCAGUAGUUGUUGUUCAGAUCACUUUGGUUGCCUGGGAUACUAGAUCUCAGAAACUAAUCGUCUCGAUUGUAAAUAAGCUGAUGUGGGCUGCCUGUAUGAGCACCUGUGGAGCAUAUUUAGCUAUAGCUUUUGUGGUAGUGGGAAGGAAGAGCUCUUGGAUGGCUAUAACAAUCACAGUGGUGGGUUUACCCAUUCUGGGCGGGACUCUGGUUAGCAUGAGCUACUUUGUUUUUCGACAGCAUUUUGGAGUUUUUGGUAAUGAUUCUCAGAGACGGAUCAGAAGGGCAAGUGGAAGCAAAUCAUUUUCUUGGUCCUAUUCGGCAAACAUUUCUGAUCUGGAUGACUAUAAUUCUGAUGAGAGAAUCUAUGCCUUGUGAAAAAAUCAGACAUGCCCAAGCAUUUCAAGAGUAACUCAUCACGGCUGAUGUUUGCCUGGAAAGCAAGGGGGCCUUGAACGCCCAAAUCUGGUAUGUUAAGCUUCGGCUUCUUAUUGACAGUGCUUCCCUUCUCAUCUUGUUUGGAGUAAAAGCUUAGUUGUGCAACUUAAGCAGUAGAUGUUCAUGCAAUUUUCCAAGGAAGAUUAGAGUUGAUAAUGCUACAGUUUGUCGAGAUGAUGCUGUAGAUUUUGUAAAUGCAUAUAGAGCUUCUUAAACAUGUUGUAUAUUUUUGUACUACUAUAGUUUCUCUCUCUCUCUCACCUGUUUAAUUGUGUCCCUUGUUGACUGAUCUUUGCCUAGCCUCGUCACAAAAGUUCCUCCAUAGGCCGUUCAGAUUGGGCGGGCAAUGUUGAUAUAUGGCACAAGAACAAAACGAUGGAAUGUGCUCUCUUCUUCCCUUUCAA